AUGGAUUUUGGAGAAAAAGAAGUUUAAUAGAGAGAGGAGAAUUUUGAACCUCCCUAAUUGUAGAUUCCAGACAUUACAAACGAGUUAAAGCAGUAGGAUACUAUUUUGAAAAAUAAGAUUGCAGAUAGUGAAGAUAAUACAUUUAAUAAGUAUUUGUACUACUACAGAUAAAGGAUUGAUGUUUUUGAAGAUGAGAGAUCUGAAUGGCUUUAAAAAAUUGAAGAAAUCAAAGAGAAUUUAAAAGAUAAGCAUUAGCUUGAAACAUAAUUGAAAUAGCUUGUCAAAACAAUUGGAGAUAUUUAGCAAUCCAUCACAGAAUAAAAAUUGUCUACCUUUUCUGAGAGAAUAGCAUAUCUAAAUCUCUCAAGAUUGAAUGCUGAUCUAAAGAUCAAAGAUGUCUAAAAUAGAAAAAAAAUUGCAGAACUCAUUGCACUCACUGAACCUAAAAAAAAUACAACAAUUGUAUAUAAAAACUUGCUACCAAAUGGAGAAAGAGGAAGAAAUAUAGAAAAUGAUCUUAACAUUUAUUAGCAAACUAAUUAAAAAAGAACUAUUUAAGGUAAUGAUUUCCAGAGAAGCUAAAUCACAACAGUUUAUUUCCCAAAUGAAAAUUUAAAUUGCAUUGUAGUCGAAAAUGAAAGUUUGAAAUCUCAGUAAUAGUAAGAGAGAUAAAUAUUUUAGUCCUAAUUUGAAUCUUUGUAAGAGGAAUUAAAAGUAAGAGAUGAAGAGCUGAGAUUAAAAGAAGAAAACGACAAAGUAUAUUUAAGUCAGCUUGAAAAAAAAGUUUAAGAUCUUGAAAUAAAACAUUACAACUUGAAUAAGCAUUAUUUUGAGACAAGAAGAAGAUGCAAUGACAGCAUAAGAAAACUUUAAGAUGAAAAAGAUUUCUUAUAGCAAAGACAUUCCUAGUUAUAAAAUAAGCUAGAAUUUAUCAGCAAAUAAACACAAAUUGAGAACGAAGCACUAAGAGACCUUGAAACUAAAAAAGCUCUUGAAUAUACAAAUAAAUUUUAAAAUUAAGUUAAAUUUAAAUCAGAGAAAAUCGAGGUUAUGAAGGAAUAAUAUGCUCAAAUAUAAAAUAUGUACCAAUAAAAGGCAAGAGAAUUAGAAUAAACUCAUGCUCAAUUAGUUGAGAGAUAUAAUUUAUUAUAACAAGAAACUGAGUUAUAAAAAUAAAAUUUUCUCUAAAAUAUUGAGGAAUUGUAAAAUGAGUUUUAAGAAUUGUAGCAUUUUUAGAAUGAGAAGGGAUUAGUUCCUAUGAAACCAUAAAAAUUAUCUAGGGAAUAGGUUUUACUAAACCAACAAAGAGAUCUUUAAAGAUAACUAAAGUAAGAAAAACUUGAGAGAUAAAAAUUAAAAUAGAAAAUCUAUCGUGAAACACUUGAACAAUAAUCAAAACCCAGAUCUUAGUCAAAGAAGAGAAAGUAGUAAGGCAGUUAAAGAAUAUCAAAGGAUACUGUUAAUGAAGAAGAUCUAAAUGAAGUCGAACGUUAAUUAGAUGAUCUUAGAAGAGGAUUAGAUUAGCAACUAGUUUGA